GCUCUAAAAGCUCCAGCCGCAACUUCGAAAGCUUGAAUUUGGUCCAGAAAAUUCCCAGUUGUCGCUCCAAUAAAGCUCGCACCGUGCCAGAGCUUUCGCAUGUUCUGGGCCUAUAAAAGGCGACCCUGAACACAAGAACUUCACAUUUACGACGCGACAUUCGAGUUGAAUUGUGCUCGGCACAGACGCAAAUUUGCACCCGCUGACAAAUCAACCCUCACCCAAGGAAAACAGGUCGCCAUAGCAGCUAGGUUCAGUGAACUUGCAACAGAUACAGAUACUGAGUCUUGUGAAAUAAUUGAAGGCAGAGAAAAAGAAGAAGAAGGAGUAGAAAAAUGGCUGAUAUUCCAUUUGUGCUGAACUUGGAUGGGCCCGAGUCCAUGUACUAUGGCCACGAUAUGUUCCCCAAUCGGCUCUAUCGCAGACAGCACUCGCGCCAUCAUGUUCCCUUGGAUUUGCACACAUUGGGACUGAUUGCCCAUAUGGGUGCUCAUGCACGUCAACUGGCGGCCCAGAAGCACAGGGCUGAGCUGGGCACAACAACCGCCGCUGGCACGGAUAAGAAGGGCAACUAUCAGGUGAAUCUCGAUGUGGGCCUGUUCGAGCCGGGUGAGCUAAGCGUUAAGCUGGUCAACAAUUGCGUCAUUGUUGAGGGCAAGCAUGAGGAGCGCGAGGACGAGCACGGUCACGUAUACCGUCACUUUGUGCGUCGCUAUCCUCUGCCCAAGGAGUACGAUGCAGAUGCCGUUGCCACGACUUUGACUGACGAGGGCGUUCUCACUAUAACCGUGCCCCCGUUGGUCGCCGAGGAGGAGGGGAAGGAGCGUAUUAUACCCAUUAAGCAUGUGGGUCCAUCCGACCUUUUUUUGCAGAAAGACAAUGGACACAAGGAGCUGGCCGAGGGCGAAGCUAAGUAGGAGCCUAAAUAGUCGCGCCACGAAGCAGCAAAGUGAUUUCCUAAGACUCCCAUUUUUAUUGCACCCCGAAGAUAAUAAAAUUUAGCACGCUACAUUUUUACAA